AUCUUAACCCCUAUCAUGUCUACUUUUUGGUACAGUCCAGGAAUCAUGUUAUUGAUUUUCAAUAGGAUAAGCAGUCACGUCCCUCUCAAGAUUUUAUCAAUAGAAGAUGGCACAGUUCUCAAAUCAUUCAAUCAUCUACUUCAUCGAAGCAAGAAGGUGGACUUCAUAGAACAAUUCAAUGAGAAGCUUCUUGUUAAGCAAGAAAAUGAAAACCUUCAGAUUCUUGAUGUUCGAAAUGCUGAGCUGAUGGAAGUUAGCAGAACUGAGUUCAUGACUCCAUCAGCAUUUAUCUUUCUGUAUGAGAACCAGUUGUUCCUGACAUUCAGGAAUCGAACAGUUGCUGUUUGGAACUUUCGUGGGGAGCUUGUGACAUCAUUUGAGGAUCACCUUUUAUGGCAUCCUGACUGCAAUACAAAUAACAUAUAUAUUACAAGUGAUCAGGACCUUAUCAUAUCUUACUGCAAGGCAGAUUCUGACGAUCAUUGGAUGGAAGGAAAUGCUGGGUCUGUCAAUAUCAGUAACAUCUUGACUGGGAAAUGCCUGGCUAAAAUAACUGCAAGCAGCAGCUGUCCCAAGGUCGAUGAGUGCAGCAGCAGUGCAGGCAGCUCAAAACAGCCAGAUCACUACAGGGUGAGGAGCACGGUUGCAGAGGCUCUGGAAGACAUCACUGCCCUUUUCUAUGACGAAGAAAGGAAUGAGAUUUAUACGGGUAACCGGCAUGGUCUGGUUCAUGUGUGGUCUAACUGAAAUUUAGAUUGUUCAUUAAUUUGUUGUGGGCGCUAUAAGAUUGCUGCCAGAGGAUUGGUUUUUCAUUUGGCUCUGUAUCAUAUAUCAAUCAUCAUGGGAUAACGUAAGGGCACUGCCCUUUUUCACGAGGCUUUCAAAGUGAUCUUGUAUUGUAUCAUUUGAUUUGUGUGGUUCUUAUGAACAAGUAUUUUGUAGAUUGGCUUUUUUCGGGAAUAUAGGUAGCCUGAUUGCGAUGC